AUGUCCACGGAUACGAUGUAUCUGAAUAGUGCAAGGCGCCUGCCAGCUGCUGGAAAGAACAAGACCAGUCAGCUUCAGAAGCCCGAAAAGAAACCGGCCAAAAAUCAACGCAAAAACCGGGCUCGCCAAGAGACUGGCGUCGCGGAUGAAUCUUUACCACAGCCUCAAACGCUUCCUAAUGGUGAGAAACCUAAUUUUGGAAACUCCAGUAAAAACGAUCGGAAACAGGGCUCGAAACGAUUGCCUGGCGCCAGUUCAAGUACUGCUCGAAACUCUACCGAACAGCUGGCCCAAAACAUGAAAGACGUUUUGUUCGUGGGAAACGAUAUUGCGACUUCGAAGCCUGCAGUCAAUGCUGACAGACCUAUUCAUCGCCAGAUGACUCCACAGUCGUUGCCUAGCGCUUCUCCAGCCCAAUCACCACUGCUUCUAACAGCAGAAAAUGCGCCACUAACCACCUCACCUUUGCCUCAUCAACCCGGACUUUACCAACAGCAACAUCAGCACCAACAAUUUCAGCAGAUUCGCCAGCAUCAGCAGUUUCAACAAUACCAACACCAGCAAUACCAGCAGCACAUAUUGAAUCAGCAGCUACAUCCCCAGCAAACCCGUUUCCCUUCGACGAUUCCUCAAGGAUUGCAACAAUCGGGACAAAAUUAUGCGCUGUCCUCUCCUGCAGUACCCUACUAUAACCCUUCGCAGUUUCCUUCCAUGAAUAUGCCCUCUCAACAGAACCCAGCAUUUUACGGGAUUCCGCCUCCUGCACCUCCUCCCAUGACUAUUAUGCCCGGACACUUCCCACAUGCCCCAACAGUGUAUAAUCCUACUCUUCCACCUCAAAUGUAUGUCCCGACUUCCGCACCGAGCUCGUCGGGCAGCGGAAUAUCUGGCCCAGCAACUUUACACUCUGAGGAACCUAGAGUGUCUAGUUCAAGCCCCAACUCAAGUCCAAAUUCUAGUCCAAACUCUAGCACAAAUUUGAACACAUCUAACAAGAAGCCGUCCAAAAAGUCACGGACCACCCCGAAGCUCUCUCGUGGUGGAUACGCUGGUGCGUCUUUCGCCACUAGUGUACCUUCGGUUACAAAUUUACCCAAGCCAAGUUUUACAUGA